AUGAAAGGUGUAAUGAGGUUUGACAAGAAAGGAAAUCUCAGCCCAAAGUACAUAGGUCCCUAUGAGAUCCUAGAAUGGAUAGGAAAGGUAGCUUAUAGACUAGCUUUACCAAUGGACUUGCAUAAAGUGCAUAAUGUGUCCCACAUCUCUCAGUUGAGAAAGUAUGUUCCGGAUAAGUCGCAUAUGUUGCAACCGCAAACCAUAGAAUUAUACCAAAGUUUAUCUUUCGAGGAAAGACCAGUCAAAAUCCUGGAUAGUAAAGUGCGUAGUACAAGAACUAAGGAUGUAAAGAUUGUGAAAGUUUUAUGGUCUAAUCAAGAAUCAGAAGAAGCAACAUGGGAAGCCGAUGACGAUAUGAGAAAGAAAUAUCUCGAUCUUUCUCCGAGAAUAUGGGCAAGUGAUGGUGAAGAUGUCUACCAUAACCCUCCUAUAAGGGACAUCUAUGAAGAUGAUGAAUUCUAG